AGGGAGAGAGAAACGUGAUUGCAGUGAAGACAGAAGGAUAACAAGAAACAUGUCAGCCCCCUGGAAGGUGCUGUUCUUUCAGAUUCUUGUGCUUUUCAGCUCCUGCAGAAACAUCAAUACAGAAACACCUAGCCAAAUGCCCUCACUUGUGCUUCCCACCACUCCUCUCCCAACAACAGAAAGGAGCAUCGUCCUUAAUGGUGAAAGUCAUACAGAGAAAAUUGAACUCUUGCAACCCGUCAAUCUUGUACUGGAGUGUACCUGGAUCAGUAAUCAAACCAAAUCACUAAAUAUAACCGGAUACUGGAAGAAAGAUGGAGAUGUAAUUGAAAACAGUCAUCUCACAGUACCACUGGAGAAUGGCCAGUAUAUCCUGAAAAGAAUGUUCAACAUUGUCAGUGAAGAAAAUCUUGGAAAUUACUCGUGCCUCUUUGAAAAUGAAGCAAAAAUAGAUUUUAUUGUGGCAGUUCCACAAAUCAGUGAGGCGCGAGAUAAGCCAGUUAUCAGCUAUGUCCGAGAUUCUGUGGUGAUUUUGUGUAAAAUGAAGAAAACCAAACCAAAGCCUAACACCUGGUACUGGUAUAAAGCAAAUGGGACAGAAAAGGAGCAGAUUGACACUGAUGCAGAGCCUCAUCGGUACGAAAUCAAAAACCAAGAUUGGAAGACCAAACUGAAGGUGCACAACCUGAGUGAGGCUGACUCAGGGAUGUAUUACUGCGGCGCAGUGUACGCCAUCAGCACCAGUAUGAGCCAUGUGGAGUUGAAGGUCAUCUCCAUCCAUGAGCCUCUUAAACCCUUCAUAGCCAUCAUGGCCGAAGUGAUCGUUCUGGUUACCGCCAUUCUGCUCUACGAAAAAACUCGGUCCAAGAAGGACAACGCAGAAGAAAAUGGAGUGAAUUUUGACCAAGCCAAUCCAAUGACUCAAGAAAAUCAUGAUCAAGAAGGAAGUUUACAAAGGAGACAGAGGAAAACAGACUGAAACUGCAUACAUAGGACAGCUGCUUAACGCAGUAUGCUGAAUGUUCAUGUUGCAGAUCAACAGUGAUCAGGUAUCAGCUCUGAUCCUUCUUUUCUCUGUGCACAUAAAACCCUCACUGGUACCUCUGAAUGUUUCAAUCCCUUUGUAAUACAAGCUUGUGAGCAAAAACAUUAUUUGAAGGACAUGGAAGCUAACACAACAUCACGGGAUACACAUCUCACUCCAAAAUGAACAAACACUCAGAGGAUU